AUGGCAGGGAACGACCACAGCCUCGUGGCGCUCGAGAAUCUGACCAAAAACGUCCAGUUCAACCUACAGCACGAAAAGGACUGGACGGGCGUCAAGACGCACGACUCAGGUGCCGAGAGGCAGCUGCUGUACGGCCUGCCCCCGCGCCGCAUGUACGUGCACCCGGACGAGCAGAUCGCCAUUCUCAAGGCCGAGAAGGAGCUGGGCGGCGGCCAGCGCAUCCCGCAGCCCCCAGAGGUUGAGUGGGUGCUUCCCAUGCAUCUGGCCGAGAAGUGGACGAUCGAGCGCUUCGCCGCCGUCUUUGACUCGAUCCCACCCGUGCCGCCUGCGGUUGUCGAGGCUGCCGGUGGUCCUGGUGAUGGAAGUGCCGGCGCUGCGAGCGAGGCGGCCGAGGAGGCGGCAACCUCACUCGCGCGGCACUGGAGGGGUCCGGGGCGGGGCAAGCGAAUUAUUCUUGCGAUUGUCCAGGACGACUCGACUAUUUCUUACUACGUUAUCCAUGACGGCAUCGUCAAGCCCAGGCAAAACUGA